GCUAUCCCAGCAUGCAACGGGCUUCCCGGCGGCAACGGCGGCACGGUAGCGCGUGGAAGCAAGCUCUGCGUGCGCAUAGUGGAAACGAAAUAAAAUAUUAAAAGAAUAAGAAAAUAAAACAUUUAGGCGAACGCGAGAGGCUAGAAGACGCGAAUUAGGAGUUAAAGAUUUCGGGUGGCUUCGUAGUUUUCAGUUUUAUCUGGUGUUCUUUGGAAUAUCCGCGGCGCUUCUCUGCCUCAGGAUGUCGUUGAUUUGCGCCAUCUCGAACGAGGUGCCCGAGCACCCGUGCGUGUCGCCAGUGUCGAACCAGGUGUUCGAGCGGCGGCUUGUGGAGAAGUACAUCGCGGAGAACGGAGCGGACCCGGUGACGGGCCAGCCGCUGUCCGAGGAGCAGCUCGUCGACAUCAAGGUGUCUCACCCUAUCCGCCCCAAGGCCCCUUCUUCCACCAGCAUUCCUGCUAUUCUCAAAGCACUGCAGGAUGAGUGGGAUGCAGUGAUGCUCCACAGCUUCACACUGAGGCAGCAGCUGCAGACCACUCGCCAGGAGCUAUCGCAUGCCCUGUACCAACAUGAUGCUGCCUGCAGGGUCAUUGCCCGACUUACCAAGGAGGUUACUGCCGCUCGUGAGGCCUUGGCUACGCUGAAGCCACAGGCCGGAUUGGUCGUCCCUCAGGCUGCUCCCGCAUCACAGCCUGUAGCUGUGGGUGCUGGAGGAGAGCCAAUAGAAAUCAGUGAGCAAGUUGGAAUGACCCCUGAGAUCAUACAGAAGCUGCAAGACAAGGCCACUGUCCUUACCACGGAGAGAAAGAAGAGAGGUAAAACAGUUCCUGAAGAACUGGUCAGGGCUGAGGACCUCAGCAAGUAUAGACAAGUGGCAUCUCAUGUUGGUCUGCACAGUGCCAGUGUUCCUGGAAUCCUGUCUUUGGACUUGUGCCCAACAGACACCAACAAAGUUCUCACUGGUGGCGCGGAUAAGAACGUGGUGGUGUUUGAUAAACGAGAGGAGCAGAUUGUGGCCACUCUGAAGGGCCACGCAAAGAAAGUCACCUCUGUUAUCUAUCAUCCUUCCCAGUCGGUGGUUUUCUCUGCAUCUCCGGACAGCACCAUUCGUGUGUGGUCUGUGUCUGGAGGGAACUGUGCACAGGUGAUCCGUGCCCACGAGGCAGGAGUGACAGGACUGUCUCUGCAUGCCACUGGUGAUUACCUGCUGAGCUCUUCUGAGGAUCAGUUCUGGGCAUUCUCUGACAUCCAGACGGGCCGUGUCCUCACCAAGGUUACUGAUGAAACUGCAGGUUGUGCUUUGACUUGUGCGCAGUUUCACCCUGACGGACUCAUUUUUGGAACGGGCACUGCGGAUUCGCAGAUUAAGAUCUGGGACCUGAAGGAGCGCACUAAUGUGGCCAACUUCCCAGGCCACUCAGGACCCGUGACUGCUAUUGCCUUCUCUGAAAAUGGCUACUACCUGGCUACAGGUGCUCAGGAUAGCUCUCUCAAACUUUGGGACUUGAGGAAACUGAAGAACUUCAAGACCAUUACACUUGACAGUGGUUAUGAGGUGAAGUCUCUGGUGUUUGACCAGAGUGGUACGUACCUGGCUGUGGCUGGCUCUGACAUCAGAGUGUAUGUCUGCAAGCAGUGGUCUGAGGUCCUCAACUUCACCGAUCAUUCUGGCCUUGUGACGGGUGUUGCUUUCGGGGAGCAUGCUCAGUUCCUCACCUCUGCUGGAAUGGACAGGAGCCUCAAGUUCUAUAGCCUGUAAAAUGACAGCCUAGAUGGCGGCAGGAACAGAUCGCGAUGGUAUUUUAUUUGGUAUCAAAAUAGUGGUGCGCAUGGGAAGUCCUAGCAGAUACCACCAUGCUUCACAGCAUGAACUGCAUUUAGAUUACUCAGUAGCACCAUGCAGACUCCUUGCUUUUAGUAAUUCCAUCACCCUUUUUUUUUUUUCCCUUCCACUUGAUCUUGGUAGAUUUACUGCAAUCUUUUUUUCCCCCUCCCUUGGCUUUCUGUGGAUGGUGUUGGAGGGUAUGAACUGUAUUUUCAUUUGAUUUUGGUCUGUUCAUUCAUAUGUUUGUUGCUGUAACAGAGUUGCUAAACACUUUUAAAUUUGGCAUAUGCAAAAUUCAAUGUUUCAACUUUUUUUUUUUUUUCCUUUUUUCCCCUGCUUCCUUCAGAUAUUCUACAUCCUGUGUGUGACUAGUGAAUGCUAUGGCUAACAAAUUAUAUUUUUGUGUCAGAUUGUGGCAGCAUCUGUUGGACUUUGAAUCUCAAUAAAUACUUUAAAUCCCA